UUAUACCGAAACUUUUAUUAACAUCAACAUCAUGCAGACGAAAAUAAAUUGUUAUUUCAUUGGAUUAAUUCUUUGCUCCCUGAUUUUGGCUGAAGCUGAAGCUCGUCCUCAAACUUUCAAUAACUAUCCAUUUAGGCCAAUAUUUUCGGACUUAGAUCCAAACGAUUAUUAUACAUCACCAAAUCCAUAUACGCAAAACUAUUUUACCAUCUUUCCUCAAAUUAUAGACCAAGCAGUAUCACCUUUGUACUAUUUAAAUCGAGGAACUAAUGGAUACCCUUCAAAUAAUGGAUAUUCGUCACAAAACAAUGGAUACUCGUCACAAAACAAUGGAUAUUCGUCACCAAGCAAUGGAUAUUCGUCUCAAAACAAUAAUGGCUACAAUACUUAUUCAAAUUCUAACAACGGAUUUUACAAUCCCAUCACUGGAUAUUUAACUAAUUCAAAUGGUUAUUCAAAUGGUUAUUCUAACUCGGGUUAUACAACGAUGAGGCCAUAUUUGUCGAAUCCUUUUGGAAUAUGGAAUUGAGAAGAAUAGAGUGAAACGAAUUAAAGUGUAAACUAAUAUUAAAGUUGGUAUUUUUUAAUAAUGAAAUCUAGAAAAUCAAUUUAAGCAAUAUUGCAUUAAAUUUGUUU